ACAUUUUACCUUCCAACAACUCACAUCGCAGUUUGACUUCGAACCAUUCCUUCAAAUCGAGUUUCCACCAUGUCGAACUUCUCAUUGGAAAAUCCGCAGCUGGAGGGGCUUUAACCGUCCUCCUUGGCUAGCUUCAAAUCCAUGGAGAACGAUGAUGGAGUUUCUUUGGAAAGUGGCGAAAGAAGUCCUCUGCUGGAUAAGAGCCAAUCAUCAAGGCAUUUUGAAGACAAUGGUUCUGAGGAGAUCGAUCAAAGAUCUGAGCCACAAAGUGUAACUUCUAUCUCCAAGGCACCACCAAUAAUCUUAGCAUUUUCAUUCCUGGAAGGUAUUGCUUUCAAUGGCAUUGGCAUAAACUUAGUUUUGUAUCUUGGUUCUGUCCUUCAUUGGCCUAUUUCUUCAAGUGCUGCAAAUGUUUCCUUUUGGGGUGGAACUACAUAUUUCACACCACUGCUUGGUGGCCUCCUCGCUGACACCUAUUUUGGAAAUUACAGGACAAUUGUAAUAUCCAUCAUAUUGUACCUACUUGGGUUGGUGAUUGUUACUUUAUCUGCCACUAUUCCAUCAUUAACACCUCCUUCAUGUGAUGGAAAUUCAUGUCAACCUGCAACUGCAUUCCAAACGUUUGUGUUCUUUUCUGGGUUAUAUGUUAUUGCCUUUGGGACUGGUGGAACCAGAGCAGCCUUGCUGCCCUUUGGUGCAGACCAAUUUAAUGAGGAGAAACCGAUAGAAAUGAGAAAGAAAGUAUCCUUCUUCAGUUAUUUUUAUGUAUGUUCCAUGUUAGGAUUGCUCUUUUCUGGUACUUUCAUAGUUUGGAUACAACAAAAUGUCAGCUGGGCAAUUGGAUUUGGGAUUUCAACAUUUUGCAUGGUUAUAGCUUCUGGAGGCUUUUUACUUGGAACUUCAACAUACAAGUUAACGAUGCCAACUGGCAGUCCUUUGAAGAGUCUUCUUCAGGUUAUUGUAGCUACUGUAAGGAAGAUGCACGUGGAAACUCCAACCGACCCUAAUUUACUUUACGUGGUAAACCAAGAGAAAUCGUGCAAGAGGCGAUUGGCACAUACUGACGAAUUCAGAUUCUUUGACAAGGCAGCUACUAUUUCAAAUCUGGAGAGAAGCAGUGAUUGUGCCCAGAGUUCAUGGACCAUUUGCACUGUAACUCAAGUGGAGGAGCUGAAGAUACUUCUGCGGAUGCUACCAAUCUGGGCAACAAGUGUUGUGUAUACUGCAGCAUGCACUCAAAUGAAUAGCACUUUCAUCCAACAGGGUAAUGCAAUGAACACAAGGAUUGGAUCCUUCACCAUCCCCCCUGCAUCACUUUCCUCCUUCGGAGUGAUGUGUGUCAUGAUCUGGGUUUUCAUUUACAUCAGGGUUAUAUCCCCAGUAGUUGAGAGGUUCACUUCAAAUGGAGCUGGACUUACUAAUCUGCAGAGAAUGGGAAUUGGCCGUUUUACGAUGAUCAUAGCCAUGCUAACAGCUGGAUUUAUCGAAACAAUUAGACUGAAGAGUGUGAAGCAUGGUCACCUGAUAAGCAUAGGGUGGCAAUUUCCCCAGUACUUUAUUAUCUCAGGUUCGGAGGUCUUCAAUUACAUCACGCAGCUCGAGUUCUUCUAUGCACAGGCACCCGAUAGCAUGCGGAGCAUCUGCACAGCAUUCGCCUUGCUCUCAACUGCACUGGGAAAUUACUUGAGCUCUUUCAUAGUCACAGUCGUUUCUGCUGCUACAGCAAGCGACGGAAAUCCUGGGUGGAUCCCAGAUGAUCUGAACAAGGGGCACCUUGAUUACUUCUUCUACGGUCUUGCAGGAAUCUGCACAAUAAAUUUCUGCAUUUAUGCUUUUGUUGCCAGGAACUACAGGCUGAAGCAGGUCAUAGAAGAAUACUGAGAAUGAAGUUUUCGAAGGAUUUGUUUGAGCAAGUAUCAUCGAAUUCUUUAAUCAUCAUUGAAUGUCGCGUCUAGAAGAAAAACUGAGACGGCAUGUUAUGUGGAUGUUGAUUGUUGAAUGGAUUGUUGUUCAAUUAUUUUCAAGUGAUGCCAUAUUCUUUAGAUAUCUAA